AUGGGAAUCGACGAAGCCGUAUUUUUCUACGAACACUGGUCAAAUUCCGAAAUAAUAUUCCACUGUAAGCAGAGUGAUUAUGAAGCACUGAAGCAUGAAAAAGUUUUUGUCAUCACAAAUCACUCGCAUGAUAUUGACAUACUUUUAUGGAUGGUAAUAAUGAAUCAUUUCCAAAAGUUAGGAAAUGAUAUUUGCUACGCAAAAGAUUUCGUAAAGCAUAUUCCAUUUAUUGGUUGGCAUAUUUAUUUGUCUCAACACAUUAGACUCAAAUUAUGUUAUGAGGAAGAUAAGAAUACAAUAGAAACGAGAUUUCGAGAUAUAGCAGCAAAUGCAAGUGAUGUUUGGGUCGUUUUUAUGCCAGAGGGACCACGUCUCACAAAAGAACGACAUGCGGAAUCGAUAAAGUUUGCAUUAGAUAGGAAUCUUCAGCCACUGAUGCAUCAUUUGGUUCCAAAGAGUAAAGGAAUUGCUGUGUCGUAUGAAGCAUUGAGACAACAAGGAUAUAAAACUAUUGUUAAUGCACAGAUUGCAUUUGAUGCAAAAAAAUUCUCUCAACCAAAAUUUUCAAGCAUGAUGCAAUGUCGGAAGAUGCAAGCUCACGUAUAUUUCGAAAGAAUUCCAUUUGAUAGUAUCGAACCGACAUUCGAUGGAAUCUAUAAAAUGUUCAAAUCCAAAGAUGAGCUUCAUGAAAGUUUCAUCGAACGGGGAAACUUCAAUAAAAAUGGAAAUUUGAAAAAAAUUCUAAUGCAGAAUCACAAGUCGAUUCUAAUAAAUUUCAUUUGCUGGAGUGCUCUCUGGAUGGUUGUGACAAUUGUCGGUGGAUAUUCUGUGAUUGUUCAUUUAUAUUAUAAGGAUAUGCAAAAUUAUUCAAACCUUGUUACGCUGGUGAGAAUUGCUUGUGACAUUCAUGAUUAUACUUAUAUUUAUUUGAGGCCAAUAUUGUAUUGA